CAGCAGUUACGACUGCUUUCCGUAACCUACUACAUUCAAUGAAGUCGGUAACUUCUGGAAAGUCUGGACUGAUAGCGACGUUAAUGAACAUUGUUUCGAGCAGAGAACAUGAAUUUCGAAUUGGAUUCCAAAAUGACUGUCACUCGUUUUUGCUUACACUCUUAAGUGAAUUACACGAUGAAAAUCAGGCAAAAGACACAACACUUGUAUUUGAAAUUGAAAUGGUUGAUGAAUUUGCUUUUGAUUCCUGUGAUCAUAAAGAAGUAACAGAUAUUCAGAUUAUGAGAAGUCUAACUCUUCCUUCAGAAUCAUAUAAUGUAGAAGAAGGUUUGAAAACACUGCUUUAUGAGGAAGAAUUUGAUGAAGCAGAUGUCCCUUGUAGAGAAUGUGGGACAGAUGGAUUUUUAUCAAGAAAAGGAAAAACAAGAAAAGCAAUGAGAUUUCGUACAUUGCCCAAAGUUCUCGUACUUCAGCUUGGGUGUUUUAAGGAGAUGAGUUUUGGUGGUCACCUCCACAUUGCAAAAUCUUAUAAAAGUAUCGGCUUUCCUGAAAAACUGAGAGUACCACAAUCGAAUGGAAAUAUUGUGAAUUAUCAUCUAUACGGUGUUGUGAACCAUCAUGGCUCAGUACAUGGUGGUCACUACACAUCAUUUGUAAAACACCUUUUACAUCACAGUGAUGCAGGGGAUUGGUACUAUUGCAAUGACAGCCGUGUAAGACAUUCGACCCUGCAGGAGGCUUUGAAAUCUCAUGACGCAUACCUGCUGUUUUAUACGAUGUGA